AAAUCCGGGCAACACUAAAUCACGUGAGUUUUAUCAGGCAAGAACUUUUCAUAAAUUCGUUUUUUCCUAAGUUUUCCUGGGAAAAUCUGAGUAGUUGGAUCUGAAUCUAACUGAAUUCAACGAUUAAUAUUCUCGAUUUCCAAUUGAAAGUGGAAAACUUCUGCUUCCAUCAUGAGUGAAUAUUGGUUGAUAUCAGCACCGGGUGAUAAGACAUGUCAACAGACAUGGGAAACGAUGAACAGCGUUACAAGCAAGCAAAAUAAUUUGUGUGAAAACUUCAAGUUUCAUAUUCCUGAUUUAAAAGUGGGAACACUUGAUCAGCUGGUAGGAUUGUCUGAUGAUUUAGGAAAAUUAGAUGCCUAUGUUGAGACCAUCACAAGAAAAGUUGCCGUGUAUUUGGGUGAUGUGUUGGAAGAUCAGCGUGACAAGUUGAUUGAAAAUUUGCUGGCAAACAACGUUGAUUUGUCACAAUACAUCACUCGUUUCCAAUGGGACAUGGCAAAGUAUCCCAUUAAGCAAUCGUUGCGCAACAUUGCAGAUAUCAUCUCGAAACAAGUUGGGCAAAUUGAUGCUGAUUUAAAGACAAAAUCUUCAGCUUAUAACAGCUUGAAAGGAAAUUUGCAAAACUUGGAGAAGAAACAAACUGGAAGUUUGUUGACCAGAAAUUUGGCUGACUUAGUGAAGAAAGAACAUUUCAUUCUUGAUUCUGAGUAUUUGACAACAUUGUUGGUGAUUGUUCCGAAGAUACUUUUCAGCGAUUGGAAUACUGGAUACGAAAAACUUACUGACAUGAUUGUUCCACGUUCAUCACAACUUAUCACACAAGAUCAAGAUUUUGGACUGUUCAAUGUCACACUCUUCAAGAAAGUUGUUGAAGAGUUCAAACUUCAUGCCCGUGAGAAGAAAUUCGUUGUACGCGAAUUCACAUACAACGAGGAAGAAUUAGCUGCUGGCAAGAACGAAAUCACCAAAUUGGUGACCGAUAAGAAAAAGCAAUUCGGUCCUCUUGUACGUUGGUUGAAAGUAAAUUUCAGCGAGUGCUUCUGUGCAUGGAUCCACGUCAAAGCACUGAGAGUCUUCGUAGAAUCCGUUUUAAGAUAUGGUCUACCCGUGAAUUUCCAAGCCAUCCUCAUCCAUCCGAACAAAAAGAAUCAAAAACGUUUACGUGAUGUGCUGAAUCAACUAUAUGGACAUUUAGAUGGAUCCGCUUCUUCAUCAUCAAAUGUCAAUGCUGAUACUGUUGAUAUUCCCGGUUUGGGCUUUGGUCAAUCAGAAUACUUUCCAUAUGUAUUUUAUAAGUUGAAUGUUGACAUGGUAGAAACGAAAAUCUAAACGGAUCCAACUUCAUAUGCACAAGAUACCAGCAGAAGUAAUAAAAAGAAAAAACAAUAAUUUAAUUCUACAUAUAUUCGCUGUUGUUUGUUGAAAGAAAAAAGAUAAAGAUUCAUGAAAAAUCCAUAAAUAUUUUCAUAUAUAAAUAUGAAAACGAACAUCAUACGCUAAAACUAUUUAAUUACUUAUCUUUUUCAUCACGAUUGAAAAGAAGAAAAAACCUAAAACAUAAAAAAUAAAUCCGAAACUUACAUUCCAGAUCAUUGAACUGUUUCAGAUUUUCAUUAAAUUUCGGCAAGAUUUUCUUUUGUUUCUUGAAUCUUGUAUUCUUAACACUUUGAUACAAAUCUUUGUUUUAUGAUGGAACAUGUAAAUAUCGUGGUAAUGUGAAGAUGAAGACAUGAAAAUUAAGAAGCAAAUCAUUCGAACUUCAUUCAAAUGUUUUAGUCAAAAGUAUUGUAUUUUAUUUAGGGUAGUGAAAUAUAUUUUGAAGAUGAAAAACUUUGAUUAAAUGCUUCCUUUUUAAGUGUAAAAAUUAUUAAAUGAAAAAUAUGUUAAAAACAGUUUAAAAUCAAUUAAAUUAUCAUGAAAAAAAUAUCAAAAAUUUAUUUCUCUUUUAUUUUAUUUUGUGUCUGUAAUUUUAAUAAAAAUCAGUGGGAUUGCAAUUCAAUUAGA